UUAUUUCUUACCUACUUGCAUUGAAAAACAACAACUGUUAACUGCAAUUAGUAACUCUAAAAAUCAGAGAGUUGCAUUGCGUUGUAUAAGCAACACUGUAUUUUGUUGUGCUUUGUGAAGCUAACCAACUUAUGGCAACUAUUGUGGUAGAAGCACUCCUUUCAGCUUCUGUGGAGGUGUUGUUGAAAAAGAUUGUUUCUGGUGAGUUUCUGGACUUCUUUCGGAGCACAAAACUUGAUCUUUCACUCUUGGAAAAGCUUAAGAUAACACUGUUGAGUCUUCAAGCUGUACUUCAUGAUGCUGAGGAGAAACAAAUCUCCAACCCUGCUGUCAAGGAAUGGCUGGAUCUGCUGCAAGAUGCUGUCUUUGAAGCUGACGAUUUGUUUGACGAAAUCAACACUGUGGCGCUGCGGUGCAAAGUGAAAGCCAAGUAUAAAGGCAAAACUGCUACUGCUAAGGUGCGGAACAUCCUUUCUUGUCGUUUCAAACGGUUUAAUGGGGUGAUCAAUUCUAAAAUGCAAAAAUUAUUUAAAAGAUUAGAAUUUUUGAGAAAACAGAAACUUGGAUUAAAAGAAGGUAUUUCCUCCAGUGUUUGGCAUCAAACUCCUACAAGUUCUGUAGUAGAUGAAUCUUCCAUUUAUGGUAGAGAUAGUGAUAGAAAGAAACUCAAAGGUUUCUUACUAUCAGAAGAUGCUGGUUGUAAAAUAGGAGUUGUCUCUGUUGUGGGUAUGGGAGGGUUGGGUAAAACGACUCUUGCUAAACUACUUUACAAUGAUCAUGAAGUGAAAGAAAAGUUUACUUUGAAAGCAUGGGCACAUAUCUCAAAGGAUUUCGAUGUUGUCAGGGUCACUAAAACCCUUCUCGAAUCUAUCACUUCAAGAACAAUUGACAAUGAUUCUCAACUUCUUGAAUCAGUCAAUUUAAAAGGAAAUGAUAGUACUAAUGACUUGAAUACUCUACAAGUGCAAUUGCAGCGAUGUCUAAGCAAUAAAUUGUUUCUGCUAGUAUUAGAUGACAUAUGGUAUGGGAGCUAUGUGGAUUGGAACAAUCUAAUGGCCAUCUUUAAUGUUGGAGAAACAGGAAGUAAGAUCAUCAUCACAACACGUGAUGAAAGAGUUGCACUAGCCAUGCAAACAUUUCUUCCUAUCCACUCUUUGACACCUCUUGAAAGUGAGGAUUGCUGGUCUAUACUUGCCAAACAUGCAUUUGGAGCAAGUAACUACCAACAACGGUCCAAUCUAGAAGAAAUUGGUAAAGAUAUUUCCAAAAAAUGCAAUGGCUUACCAUUAGCUGCAACCACACUCGGGGGUCUUCUUCGCAUCAAAUUGUCGCAAGAUUACUGGAAUGAUGUAUUAAAAAGUAGCAUUUGGGAAUUGACAGAUGGUGAGGUGCAACCAGCUUUGCUAAUGAGCUAUCGUUAUCUUCCAGCUCCUUUAAAACGAUGUUUUGCUUAUUGUUCACUUUUUCCAAAGAGCUCUAUUUUAAAGAAAAAUAUGUUAGUUCAGUUGUGGAUUGCAGAAGGCUUAGUACUUCAGCCCAACGGUGAGAAAAGUUGGGAAAAAGUAGCAGAUGAAUACUUUGAUGAACUAGUGUCGAGGUCGCUGAUACAGCAACGAUGUGUUGAUGGGAAAACAAAGUUUCAAAUGCAUGACCUCAUCAUUGAUUUAGCUACAAUGGUUUCGUCUUCAUAUUGUAUCAGGUUGGACGAAGAGAAGCUACAUGAAAGGACACGUCAUUUGUCAUACAAUAGAGAGGAAUUUGAUCCAUACAACAAAUUUGAUAAAUUGCAUAGGUUAAAAGGUCUACGAACCUUCCUUUCGUUACCAUUACAAGAUUCUCGGAACUGGUAUUACUAUUCUGUGUCCGACAAGGUCAUUUGUGACUUGUUGCCAGCCAUGAAACAGUUACGCGUGUUGUCUUUGUCAUGCUACAAAAGCUUCACUGAGUUGCCCACCUCUAUUGGAAAUUUGAUAUACUUGCGAUACUUGAACCUCUCUCACACUUGGAUUAAAAGGCUGCCUUCUGAAAUAUGCGAGCUUUACAAUAUGCAAACCUUGUUAUUAACAGAAUGUAGAAAUCUCAUUGAAUUGCCGGAGGACAUGGGAAAAUUGGUGAAUCUUCGACAUCUUGACAUCAGAGGCACUUGGCGGUUGAUGGAGCUGCCAGUACAAAUAGCCAAACUAGAAAAUCUCCAAACAUUGUCUGACUUUAUUGUCGGUAAGCAACAUGAUGGAUUAAAGGUCGGAGAGCUGGGAAAAUUUUCCCAUCUACAUGGGAAGCUUUCCAUCUCACAGCUACAAAAUGUUACUCACCCAUCUGCUGCUUUUCAAGCAAAUUUGGAGAUGAAAAAACAAAUUGACGACUUGAUACUAGAAUGGGAAAGUGAACUAGUUUGCGCAACUCCUUCAGAUCCACAAAUUGAAAAUGUUGUACUUGAACAGCUGCGGCCUUCAACAAAUUUGAAGAAACUCACAAUCAAAAACUAUAGUGGAAACACCUUUCCAAAUUGGUUGAGUGAUUCAUUAUUUGGCAACAUGGUGUAUUUAAAGAUCUCGAAUUGUCGUAAUUGUUCAUGGUGUCCUCCACUUGGACAAUUAGGUAAUCUGAAAGAACUCACUAUUUCUCUGAUGCCAUCAAUAAAGACAGUUGGUAAUGAGUUCUAUGGAAGUGGUAGUUCUUGUUCGUUUCAAUCAUUUCCCUCCUUGGAGAUACUACAAUUUAAGGAGAUGUCGGAGUGGGAGGAAUGGAAGUUGAUUGUAGGUACAUCGACAAAGUUUCCUAGUCUUCUACAUCUAUCAUUGGAUACAUGUCCAAAACUCAAAGGAAACAUACCUCACAGUCUUCCAUCCUUAACUGAACUUAAGUUACAAGACUGUCCUCAUCUCGUAGAGUUUGGGAAUUCAAAUGAUAAUAGCAACAAUAUGAUUAUAAUGCCAUCAUCAGAUGUGGUAUUUCGACGACUGAUGUUGUCUCCUCUCAAUUCUCUUCUAAAGUUGACCAUAAGUUGCUUUCCAUAUCUGACAUCCUUCCCGAGAGACGGUCUACCAAAAAAUUUACAAUCUCUCACUAUCUUUCGUUGUAACAAUCUAGAAUUCCUUUCUCAUGAAUCCUUGCACAAUCACACAUCGCUCGAGGAAUUGAAAAUAUCUCAUAGCUGCAAUGCAAUGACAUCUUUUAGCUUGGGUUCUCUCCCUGUCCUAAAGAGUCUCUUUAUUGAAAGAUGUAAAAAUCUGAAAUCGAUAUCAGUUGAAGAUGUGCCACAACAAAGUCUCUUGUUUCUUACAAGCAUUAAAAUAAAACAUUGUGAUGAACUGCAGUUUUUUUCACUUGGUGGAUUUCCUACACCUAACCUCAUUUAUUUUGAGGUGCGCUUUUGUAAGAAGCUUUGUUCAGUACCAGAACCAAUGAACAAUCUAGCUGGCCUUCAAGUAAUGAAAAUUGACGGACUUCCAAAUCUGCAAUCUUUUGCCAAAGAUGGUCUACCUAUCAAUUUAGUGCAACUCAGUCUUGGCUCUGUUGGAGGGAUCUUGUGGAAUACAACUUGGGAACGUCUCACUUGUCUCUCGUUGCUGGUAAUUAAAGGUGAUAGGGUGAAUGUGCCGAUGAAAAUGGAUGUGCCACGGCUACCUGUUUUUCUCAAUUCUUUAAAGUUACAUGAUCUUGAUGAUAUAGAAUGCUUGGAUGGGAAGUUGCUUCACCAUCUCAUCUCUCUCCAAAAACUUGAGAUUACGUCCGCUCCCAAGCUCAAGUUGCUUCCAGAUGAGGGAUUACCCUCCUCUCUUUCGGUAUUAAGUAUUGUAGAUUGUCCAUUGCUGGAAGCAAGUUUGCAGAGGAAGCGAGGGAAAGAGUGGCGUAAGAUUGCUCACAUUCCCUCCAUAAUUAUCAACUACAAAGUGAUCACAUGAAUAUAUCAAGUGUGAUUGACUUGUCUGAUGGGCACCAAGAUGAUCCAAUGUUCAUCCUUCCUUGCCAUAUUAAAGCAAAAUUGAAGACUAUGGCCUCUGGAGGAAGUAAUCGAUAUGGUUAAUGAAGUGAUUGAUAAAACAGUUCAACUUCAAUCUCAGUUUCGGUGCAUUCUUGUUGAUCUAGUGGAUGUGAAUAUUGUCUUUUGUCUUUUGUGAAUCCAUGUUUGUCUCGAGCAGUCAUGUCCUUAAUGCACAGGAAUUUUGUUUAGGCCCAAAG